AUGGCACUCCAAGACAACAGCAUCGAAGAGUUUGACUCAAUUCCGACCAUUCACCUUUCACCUUACCAUGAAAUUCAUUUGGCGGAUGCUUUGACGUUGGAAUACGACUCGAAGAACGACACCAAUGCGGAGCAAGCAUCGGACGAGGCAAUGUCAGACAGUGACAACCAAAAUGUCACUACAGAUAGUUUUCGGGUUCCCAUCUGUGAUGUUCGCCCGGUCAAGAGCAGCGAAGCCAGGACACACUGGGCUGCAUUGGCCACCUCCAUGAAACGCAAUCGUGCUUUUCUGCUCAGCGCGACGGUCCACAAAGAAACCCGCAAUGACAAAAUUGGUCUCUGUCUCUCCAACAACAGCAAAAAGGGUGGGCGCGCCUUGACCAUUUCUUCCAUUCACGAAGAAGGUCUUUUUUCGCACUCUCCCUUUCAAGUGGGAGAUCGAAUAGUGAGCAUCAACACACUCAACUGUCAAGAAAUGAGAGCCAGUGUGGCAGCGCGGUUGCUGCGCACCAUCACGGGCACGUUCACUGUGGUGGUACAAAAUGUCAAGGGAGACCCGACCCUGGUGGAGAGUAUGAUUUACAAACCAGAACCAACCUCCAAAACUGGACUCAGUGUCAUUUCCAAUGGCUACAGUCGCGCCACAAUCUACGACAUUCACCCCCAUGGCAUUUUUGCCGAUUCCAUCCUGAAUCGCAUGGAUUUGAUUGUUUCCAUCAAUGAGAUUCCUUGUCAUUCGUUGGAUUCUAGAGAAGCCGCUGCCAUUGUGGCGCAAGCAGAAGAUCGGGUCACCGUCAUUGCGGAGCGGCGACACGAAAGUGCCGUUGUCAUGGCCAUGGCACAAUAA